AUGGCGUUGGUGGCACUUGGUGGCAGCCCUCCUGAGCCCAAUAAAAGCCGCCCCUUGGCCUGGUGAGGGCAGUGCUGUGCAGGGAUCAGGGCCACGAUGCUGCGUGUCCCACAGCUCCCGCUGCUGCUGCUGCUGGCGGCCCUCACUGCCACCACCCAGGGACAGACCGCGGGCUCUCGGCAGCUGCAGCCGUGGCUGAUCGGUCUCACGGCGGUGGUGGUUUUCCUAUUCGUGGUUUUCGUGCUGCUGCUGGCCGGGCGGAUUUGGCGACUGCGGACGCGCAGCGAACGCGAAGACGACUUGGAGAAGCGGUCGACCCACAGCAUGGAGCGCGCAGCCUACAGCAACGCGGCGGCCGAGAAGGACAGCGACGACGAACGGGAGAAGAGCAAAGCCACGUCGCUGUGACACGCGUGGGCUUCCCGGGCCGCUCCGUUCCGCGCCGCGUUUUGCGGAGCUCCGUUCGGCCGACGGCAAAACCCGGAGUGGAUCGAUGGAUCGGAGCGGG